AUGAUAAAUCAUUUCAAAAAAAAUAUAUUGUUGGAAAAUUAUAUAUCUACAAAUUGUUUAAAGCAAAAAUGCGUUAAUGGAAGUUUACUUUUUUGUUCAUAUAGUUCAAAAAAUAAUUGUAAUUUAUAUGGAGUUGGGGGAAAAACAGCAUUAUUAAAUUUCCAUAGGAUACGGAAUUCUGUGGGUAGUAUCAAGAAAAUUGGAAUACACAGUUAUAAUAAAAAUAAUAAUGGAAUUAAGAGCAGUAAUAAUAAAGAGCGUGUAAAUUUAUUUAGUGAAAAAGACAAAAAAGAAAACCCUAAUAAAAAUGAACAAGGCAUUAUUAUGUAUUAUCCAGAAAACUCAAGAUUUCCAUAUGUAACGAUUUGUGUGGUUUUAGGAAUGAUCGGAAUUUCAUCUUUCUUUAAAACUUUAAUUUAUAACUUAAAGAAUUGUGAUAAUGAAAACGAUUUAAUAUCGCAAGUAGAUAAAAUAUUAAACUAUUUAGAUAACUACUUUAUUAUAUAUAAUUUUGAAGAAAAUAAAAAAAAUACAGAAUAUAAAAAUGACAUAUUUAAUAUAAAAUAUUUAACAUCACAAUUUUUUUUAAAUGAAAAUAUACUUCAAUGUGCAGUUCAAAUGUUUACAUUUUUUCUAGCUUCCUGUUUCCUUGAAAAGCAUUAUGGAUCAUUAAUAUAUAUUGGAUUAUUUUUAAGUGGCACCUUGUUUUCUAACAUUGUCACCACUUUAUUUUGUGAUCUUAUUAAGAGUGCAGAAUCAUUAAAGUUUAUUAACUUUGUUCUUAUACACCCAUCUGGAUCGAUGUCCUUUAUAUGUGCAUUUUGUUCCAUUUUUUUCAAAAAUUGUUCUAUAUGGAAAAAUAUACCAAUUAACUGUUCUGUAUUAAUCGUACCAUUUUUAUUCUCAAGCUUUUAUGGGCUCUUAUCAUUGUAUAAAAUCAAUAAACACAAUUUAGAAGAAGUAAAUAAGAUAAAUAACACAAACACAUAUGAAAAUAAUAGUUCGAUUGAAAGAACAAAAUUUGAUUUAGAAAAUAAUAUUAUUAAAAACAUUGAUAACAAUGAUGAAAAAAAAAGUAUACAAUAUGUAAAGGAAGAUACACAUAAGCAUAGAAAUGAUAAUUUCAUUCCUUAUAAACAAAACGAAGCUCUAAAUAUAUUACAAAAUUUCUUAAUAGCUGAGAAAUGUGAUUCAAUAAUAAAGAAACAGAAAACAGAACAUGUUUUUUUAAAUAAAAAAAUCCAAAACUUAAAAAAAGAAGCACUAAGAAAUAUUGAUGAAAUAAAUAAUAAAUCUGAAAAAAUAUUUUUUAGUCUCUCUUCUGCAUUUACAGAUGUAUUUGGUAUUGUCUUAGCAUCAACACUUUAUUUGCUCAAAAUUUUGAAAUGA